UAGUAUAACAAAAUUUUUAGAUUUUUUUGAAAAUAUUACAGAUAUGUUAUUACAAAUCAUAAUGGAAUUUAAAAAAAUCGAGAAAAGUAAAAGUUUAUAUUUUUUUGAAGAAAAAGAAAUCUUGUUAUAUUUUCUUAUAAAAUACAAUGCUCACUGUAAUAAUUGUGGUAGUACAGAGGUUAAACCUGAACGAUGUCUAAGAUUUUUCAUAAACUUAAUCCUUAUUUCAAAUUCAAAAAAUGUUGAUAUUAUAUUUCAUUUUUUGGCCUUUCCUCUGCUCUAUCCUUCUUGUUAUAAAAAUAUUAAUGAACUCCCUGAAAACUUUAUCGGAAUGGGGGCACUGAGUGAAAUUAAAAGAGGAAUUAAAUUAUUCUAUUCCUCUUUAUCCACACAAAAUGUGGACAAGAAUAUUUCUCUUCAGCACAUAAAUGAACUUUUUAUUGUUAUGUCGAGCAGUUUAUUGAUCUUGAACACCUCACAAGUUCAACAAAUCGAGAAGUUAUAUAUGAAAAUUUGUACAAAUGUCAUAGAAUCGAACAAUGAAGAACUUAUACUGUUGAUAAUUGAAGCAGUGCCACAUCUCCUCAAUGUAUUCAAAGAUGUGGAAAACUUAAUUUUAAAUAUUUUCAAGCCAAUUUUUUUUAUGUCUCAUAAAACAAUCCAGGAAAAGUCAAUGAAUAUAGUGCCAAAUAUUUUGUGUUGUUUAUCAUCCGACUUCCUAAACGUUCUAAAGUGGAAUAAUACUGAAAAUAAACUUACUAUAAAAAUAUGCUGCGUCAAAUGUGAUUUAAAAAACGAGGAUGUUGAUAAUUUUGUAAAACCAAGAUUCGGUGAAGAUGCAGUCGGAAUUACCUUCCAAAAAAUUCAAUUUGAACCUUCUCUUUCAAAUUUUUUGCUGAAACCCACUCUAACAGUUUUUACAACUGGUACAGCAGAUAUAAAGAUGGCAGCUUUAGAAGCACUACCAUAUUUUUCUAGUCAUGUCUUACAAUUCCAUUUUGCAAGCGUUGCAAAGAUUUGGAUAGAACUUGCUGGAGACCAAAACAAGAAAGUGCGUGAGAAAUUUGCUGAUGUGGUUUAUUUAACUGUUGGACAUGAACAGGAAAAUUCCAUAUUAUCUCAAGACACUAAAAAAGACAUUCUGGAAAUAGUAUUUAACAAACUUCUCAGUUUAACAAAAAAAUCAUUACAAUUUUCCGAUUACGUGUUACAAGAUACCCUGUUAAGAACAAUGGAAGAAAUUUCGAUGAUGAAACAUGAAACCAUUAUGGUGGAAUCUAUGACAAUUUUAAUAUAUUUCAUUAUGAUUCCCACGUCAAAAUAUUCGUUGCUUGCUGUAAAUAAAUGUUUCAAGUUGGCCAAAGCGAAUGAAAUGACCACCACUUCGAUCUACAGCCAAAACAAAAAAGAGCUGUGUAAGGUUAUUGUUCAUCUCAGUUCUGUAAAUCAAGUUCUUAUUAACUAUACCCUGGUGAAUUCUUUAGAAAAAGUUUCGCUCAUGUUGGGGUUCUACAGCCCCAAAGAUUUUUUAAAUCAAGAGAGUAAUUACCUUCUACCAUUUUUUAUUGCUAAAACAAUUAAAAUGCCUGCAGUCACAAAGUUAAUACAAGAGAUGGCCUUGUUAAUGGAGUUAGAUGUGUCGGAGAUGUUAUCUUGCAAGUAUGGUUAUAUUUUCAUCUACAUAUUUCUGGAGGAACUGCCAAAGGAUGAUUUUAAGCAGUGUAUGCUUUUUUUGGAAAAAACAACUGGGAUGAGUGGGUCCGCUUUAAGGAAAAGGAACUUCAGGAUCAUUUUAAAUGAGCUACUCCUGAACUUUCACGAAAAAAGGGAUAGGGUCAUACUAGCCUUAACCAUCCUGACUGAUGAAGACAAAGAGAAUAAAUCGAAUUCGAUUCCCGAUUACCUUCAACCGCACUUCCUCGGAAUUUUGUUGUACUUUGAUGUUAGACUGAUUUCGAGGAAUUCAAAGAAAGAGGGGUUUUUACAAAGUUUAGCGGACUUAUUUAAAUUUAUGGGUCCCAAACAUAUCAUGCCGUUACGUUUUAAGAUAAUCGCAAUGCUUCAGACGAUAAAAUAUGAAAAUUAUCCGCAUUUAAUAUGUGAAGUGUGGAACUCUUUCAUACGCUCCUGCGAGAUUGAAUCUCUAGGGCCGCAGUUGGCUACGAUAUUUGUUUCUAUGCAGCCGUUAUUGGACCAUUGCCCUAGAGAGACAAAUGCUAUUUUCAAAUAUCUCAUUAUAGAAAAGGAAGCUUAUACAAGGGACUACAUUUCCGAUUUAUUUUUUGUGAAUAAUGCAAAUGUGGAUCAUGACGUAUCUAACGUGAUAAAAAACGCUUUGCAACCCUUAGAAGAUUUUAAUUUGAAACAGAAAAUUCAAGCAUUUUUAAAAUACUUGUCACAUGAGGCCAUGGAGGUAAGACUACAGGGCUUGAAACAAUUAAAAAACUAUCUGGUUCAGAGCAGAGAAGAAUUAGACCAGAUGAUAUUGGACUAUAACGGCAUUGACGAUAUGAUUGUAGAACUUAUCGACACGUUAACAUUAGGUUGUCGGGAAAAAGACGAGGCUUUAAAAUUGGCAUGCGGAGAGGUAUUUGGCGAGCUAGGCGCAAUAGAACCAAGUCAUUUACCACGAAGAUACACUCAAGAAACCGACAAAUCAUUCUCUUUCUUUAUGAACGAGGACAGUUUUAUCAUAAACCUGCUAAAUGAAUUAAUAAGGGCACUGCAAACAGAGAAGAAUACUCAGAACAUGGAUAGAUAUGCCCUAGCUAUACAGGAGAUAUUAAAAGAUUACGACAUUUCUUCCGAUCAAUCUAGCAGUAAAUAUUAUCUUUGGGAGCAAUUUCCCGAAUCGCACAAAGAAGUAAUGUUGCCAUUACUAAGCUCUAGGUAUAUGAUAGCCCAACCGAUCGUAAAUAACAAUUUUCCAGUUCCUAUCUAUGGUUCCAAUGUAGGUGCAUCUUUCCAGUCUUGGUUAUACAACUGGACAUGCAGCCUAUUAUCCUCACUCCCAAAUGAAAGAAAGCAACUUUUGACAGUUUGUUUACCUAGUAUGAAACAAAGCAAGCGUAUUCUGAUGAACUUUCUACCACACAUUCUAUUACAUGCUUUAUUAGAAGGACCUGAUGAUAUCGGUGAUAAAUCUUUUGUAGAGUUUCAAACCGUUACCAAUUCCUUUACAAAGAAACGAAAAUUGGAUGAGACCGUUCUUGGUUUAAGACCAUUGAAAAUUCCAGGAGUGUCAGUUGAACCUCAAAUUGUAACUCCCGAAGAAGUAAAACAGAUGCAAUGCACAAAAGUUGUGUUCUUACUGUUAGACUUUUUGGACCGUUGGUUAAGGGAGUGGCAGUGGCAAAAGGGCCUAGAAGGAAUUACUAAUGAAUUUUAUAAAAAAAUUAAGAACUUUCAACUCAGACUUUGCAAACUUCAGCUGGCAAAAUGCAAUUAUCAUUGCGGGGAAUAUCCUAGAGCUUUAAUGUACCUUGAAGAUUACAUAACGGAGAAUAACACGGAAAUAAACAACCAUCUCUCAUUUUUCGCAGAGAUUUAUGCUCAACUCGAUGAAUUAGAUGGGGUAGCUGGUGUGAGCGCACUACAACAAAAUGAACCGUCCAUCGAACAAAAAAUUCUAGCAUUAGAAGUUUCUGGAAAGUUAGCGGAUGCAAUAACUUGUUACGAAAGAAUAUUAGAACCGAAAAUACAUCACAUUCAAGGUUUAGUGCAGUGCUAUUUGGACUUGGACAACGUGAAUACUGCUUUAAAUUUUGUGAAAGGCGCUCAAAACAACCAACUAGAAUUCGGAAACAUGUUGCUAGAAAUGCAAGCCGAACCUUUAUGGCGUUUGGGAGAAUAUGACGAACUCGAUGGUCUGUUGAGGAAACCAGAACUUAUUAGGAACAAAAGUUGGGGUGUACAAGUAGGACAGGCCUUGCUAUAUUUAAAGAAUGGAAAUCGAGACGAAUUUAAAAACACGCUGGAUGGUCUAUUAAAAUCCCAAGUGGAAUCGUUUGGCGCUGCUAGCUUGGAAGUUGGUGCUUACCAGCACGGGUACAGUUGUAUAUCUAAGUUACAUGCCUUAAACGAGCUUCGGCAAGUUGAAAAUACGCUCUCCGAAUUAUUCUUGAAACCUAACGAUAAUACAUAUACGAAAAAUGUAAUGAUGAAAUUGACGGAUGAAUGGAUGUUACGAAUCAAGGUUGUACAGGAAUCUGUUAGAGUUGUAGAGCCGCUGCUAUGCAUGAGGCGGGUUUCUUUGAACCUCGCCAAGAAAAUCGCAGAGGAAAGAGUUCCCCAAGCGAUUCCCUUUCUAAAUUCUCUUAUAGGGGAGCAUUGGCUACUUAGUGCUAAAACUGCAAGGGCUGCAGGGAUGCACCAACAAGCUUACACGUACACAGUAAAGGCCGAAGAGUACGCUCCUCCUACUUUAUUCGUAGAAAAAGCUAAAUUACACUGGUUGAGGGAAGAACACGAACAAGCCUUAACUACGUUGAUCAGAGGCCUAGAAAGUUUUUCAACAGGCAGAAAUUUUGCUGAUCUAACCAUGGAUGAAAC